UCGUUACCUGUACUACCUAACUGGACGAAAAUUAUUAAUCUUGCUUGAAUUCUCCGUUGUCUACAGUUCUUCAACACUGCUGGCGACGACCACGGUGGCACCUCAGGCCUCAACGAGCAGCGACGUGCAAAGUGUUUGCUCGCUCGACUGACUGUAAGUAUUAUCGUUCGAUUGAGCACCUAUGUAUUAACCUAUUCGUCAGCAAGCUUCAAUCGUUCACACAUACUUUCUUAAAGUUUCUUUCGUAGUGCUUUCCAAACGUUGCUCUCAACCCCUUCCGCUACGGGGACUCUGCGGUACACUCUUUUCUUGAAUCCAGUCAUUUUUGUUGUAAUCAGCAUCAUACCAUGUCCCAACGUCCCAACAAUAUCCUGCGAAAACGACAGACGCUGGGUGGCGUCUCAGGUUCCGUGAUAGUCACUAACACUUCACCGACCGCAACUGCUCUCGUCCAAAAUACCGCAGCGGGAACUGAUGGUUCCGCUACGGGCAUUCAACUCGCCUCCUCGACACCGUCCCCAUCACCGACUUCGUCAUCACCUGCAUCUGCUGCGACUACCUCACCUAGUUCCUCUUCUGCCAAUAACAUAUCAUUAAGUACCGUCAUCGGCGCGUGCGUCGGCGCAUUCAUCGUACUUGUACUCGUUAUCUCUUUGGCGAUCCACUGUUCAAGGCGACAAAAGCCGCAGCGCCGUGGGAACGCUUCGCAGUCCCGCAAUGCUACAAACAAUCUGUCUCGCCGUCGCUCUCAUUUGCAGCCUUGGGAUCGUCUCGAUGAUGACAAGGAGGACCAAAAGGAUGGGCCGCCGUUGAUACCAAGGCCUUCAUCGGGGCCGAUGGAGAAACUGGGUGCGAUGUUCAAUCGUACACCCAGCACAACCUCUGCAGAAAAGUCCUCUGAUGGCCAUGGAAAUCGCGAGUCCAUAGGCACGAUGCAGCAUUUUGCCAAGUAUCAUCCUGGCUUGGCUGAGGAAAUGGCGUCCAAAUCUGCUGAGGCAGGUUAUGUAGUUGUUACCAAACCUCCACCUGCACAGCGGUUUAUGGGCCGCACCCAAGCUGACAGUGUGCCAACCAUCUCAUGGGACGGAGAUACUGUCGGUGGGGAAUCUUUCCUCUCCGUGCGCUCGCGUCUAUCUGGCACCAUGUCACCUACAAUGACCAUGGCGAAAUUCACGCCACCCGCGACCGUGUCUGGUUCACAUCGCUGGGAGAGUGCAGAAGUUGGCCAUAUUGAUGUAUAUGGCUCAGAGAUGUCAGAAGCGGGCGACUCACGCAAUCCGUUCGCGGAUGCAGCUUCCGUCAAGAGCGGCGUUAGCCGACGCGUCACUAACCCAUUCUUUAACGCGCAGGAGAAACCCCAAAGGCGCACGCUCCUUGCUAACACCACACCCGAAUCCAAUCCCUUUGCUGAUUCUCACGCUCCCAUCUCGAGACCUUUCCUUGAAGCUCGCUCAAAUAGCGCUACGGAUACCAGCUCCAACAAUUCCCACGCUAUGCAAUCACUCAUCGCUGCUCUAGACAUGUCAGCUGAGGCAGGUCUACGCGUGGCAUCUAUGCGGUCGUCCAAUUACUCGCACAGCUCGACGAUCAUGUCUUGUGACGAGAUUGACGCCGUGAGCGUGACUGCCUUCCCAUACCCCCCAACGCAAGUUCCCCUCGGAUGAUCCACUUUCAAAAACAACACGCUUUGCUUUCUAUUAAUAUUCGCAAACUUCGGUUUCAAAGCUGUACAUACCUCCAUCUUGAGCUUGAGUACGUAUACAUUAUUUUAUAUUUGUUUCUCGCGCACCCCACCUUCAUAUUUUUACACGGGGCGCUCUACGGUCCGGUAUCGACUUUCACCCCUCCCACUUUGUCACUCCUUGAAACUUCACGUUGGAGCAGCUUGUUUCGCGCUUAGCUAUCUCCCUGUUGUGUUACAUUUUGUGCAGUACUGCUCGCUAUCCAUCCU